GGUGACGUGGGCAGGGUGGGGCCCUGCAGCCCCUUUGUGACAUGGGCUGAAUUCACAAUGGGGCAGCACAGCUCACCCUGAUCCCUGCCCUGCCCCACAGCUCCCACCUCACACUUCCCUGAGAGGUGGAGGUGAACCCAGACGCGAGUUGCUGCUCUCGCCAGUGCUCUUCUCUCAGUAGCUGCUCUGCAGCGAGGAGGUGAAGGCAAAGGCAAGCAGUGCGAUAGUGCUGGGUGUGUUUGGAGACGUGCAGAGGACGAGUGCAGGAUCUCGGUGGUUGAUCACAAGCCUGACACUCUUGAUCUAAGCCUGCAAAGGGCCAACUGAACUGAAUCUAAACUAAAACUCAACUAAAAUGAAUCAGAGGAAGGUCUAUGUACCUCCAAGCUUUUGUCCCAAGGUUGAGGUGCCAAAAUUUGUAAAGGAAGAUGUCGCAGAGCAAAAAGAGUAUCGAGAACGCCAGUUCCUCACUGGCCACAUUCCACCCAUCUGGAUACGUGACCUGCUGGCAGAAGAUGGGACCUAUAAGGAGCCUGUAUGUGUUCUGCCGCCUAUUGCAAAGAAACGGGCAGAGAGACGCCCGGAGAUGAAGGAGAGGAAGGAAGAAGUCAAGCUUCCUCCUUUGCUUGGACAGCUGGGAACAUCACAGGCAAGGACACACUUCACAACACCCCAAGUCCAGCAGCGGUUCACCUCUCCUAAGAGCACCACACAGGAGAGGGAGAAACCGCGACCAGUAAAAAUCUCCAGCAAGAAAUCUAGCGAGGAGAUUACGUGCCAGCUUCCUCGAGCAGAGAAGAGGACAGUGGCCCCUCCAGCACACAUGGCAGCGCCCAAUCACCAGUCACUGUGGGCGAGACAUGUCCUGUCCACCUUGGAGUCAUACAAGGUGAACCGGGAAGGAUGGAGGAAGAAGGUGGAGCAAAACUGGCUCCAUGCUGGCCGACCCAAGGAGUACAUCAGCUUUGUGAAGAAGAUGGAGCUCCAUGAAGCCAAUGAAAAACACAAGGGCAAAUGAGAGACCAUCAGGCGGGCGCAGUGCAACCAGCUCAUACUGUGCCCACUCACACCAUGGCCAUGAAAUUGAAGCCCCAAGAUUGGCAGUACCGGGGCUGAGAGGAGCCAUAUUGAUACUGUAGAUAACUCCCUUGUUACCAUCAUUGCCUCUGCUGUAACAGCAAAGCAGAGCCAAAUAAAGAUCAUUGGAACACCUUAUAAGUUGGGGGUUUGUCAUCGCUUGUCUUGCGCCAUGUUCACCUGCAGGGCUUUGGGAAGGGCAGUCUGCUAGGUCCUGCAAGGACCGUAUGAAAUGAGGAACUAUGGAGUCCCUUGAGGGAAGCAAGGCCUUCGGCUGAAGGCUUUACAAAUCAGAGAGCCUGGCAGUCUCCAACCACAUCAACUUUAACAAGUGCAAGUGCUGAGUU